UUGAAUCAUCUUUGGGUCAACUUUCAAAUGUGAUAAAUUCACUAUAUUGAAAUUUGAAGUUACAUGCAAUGUGAUAAAGAAAAACAUUGAAAGUACAAUAAGUUUCCGUUGUGGAUGCCCAUCUCAAGCAACCUCUUCUUCCUAACUCAUCUCUACACGCUUUACAAAUGAAAAAAGUCGGUGCAAAAAUAAUUUCUUAUCUCUUAAAUGGUCCCCAAAUUAUUAAAUGGUUUCAUGUAGAAAGCUUAUAAUUUUAGUCAAGAAAAGGGGUUCGUAAGCUUGAAGAGCAAGGAACACUAUAUAUAUCGCACAUGCCAAUCCCAUCCAUUGAUCAAUAUUCAUCGUAAACUUCAAAUUUUUGAUCUGACUACUAUAUUCAAAAAUCAUCAGCAGAAGUUCAAGAUGACGACUAUUGAGAUGAGAGUUCACAUGGAUUGUGUGGGGUGCGAAAGCAGAGUUAAAAAUGCCCUUCAAAAGAUGAGAGGAGUGGAUGAGGUAGAAAUCGACAUGGUGCAGCAGAAAGUGACGGUGACUGGCUACGCCGAUCAGAAGAAGGUUCUGAAGAAAGUGAGAAAAACCGGCCGGCGAGCUGAGCUAUGGCAGCUUCCUUAUAACCCUGAGCACAUGGGCGGAAGCAGCAGCAACGGGGGCUACUUCUACAACCCUCAUGGCUGCAACGGCCCAAUCAACCACGCCGCACCAGUCCCGACUUCAUCUUACAACUAUUACAAGCAUGGAUACGACAGCAAUGACUAUUCGUCUUACCGCCACCACCCUGUUCAUGCCUCUAUCUUCAGCCACCAAACUGGUUCUAAGUUUAGUGACGAGAAUCCUAACGCUUGUUCUAUAAUGUGAUUUCUUAAUUAUUCUUUACUAUUUUCAUAUAUGUAUGAAACUUGAGUAUGUAAUCAUAAGUUAACAAGCCAAAAAAAUUAUGUAUUUGUUGCUUCAACGUUUUAAU